AUGCUUCCGUCGCGCAAGCGCAAGCACAUCGGCGACUGGCUCGAGGAGGAGAAAAACAGUACAGAGAGAACCGAAACGCAAGAAGCCACCGAAGACGAGUCUUCUUCGCGCAAGCGUGAGCACAUCGACGACGACGUCCGAGGGGGAAGCACAAAGAAGAUCAAGACGCGAGCCGCCGAGGACGAAGGUGUAAUUUUUUAUCUAUCUGAACACUUUGCAGACGUCAGUGUUGUUGAAAUAGCCGACGGCUACCAGCGCCGCAAAGUUGAUAACUAUAUUCGUCAAGCGCAAGCAGCUCGCCCAGUUUUGCCUGAGCGACGGUUUUCAGACAUGUCGCUAUGUUUGGCAUCUGACAAAUUAGAACUCGACGCAGCAAGUGUUGACUAG